CCCACCCGCAAGUUUCCGCCACUUUCCUCACGUGCCCAGAACCGGCACCCACCGGUGUGCAUGCUGUUCCGCCCAGCAGUGCAGCCCCACCUGUUCCCAGCAGUGCACCCACCUGUGCCACUCUGCAGUGCCACCUACCUGUGCCCAGAAGUGCCACCUACAUGUGCCCAGCAGUGCCACCCACCUGUGCCCACCAGUGCCACCCACCUGUGCCACCUGUGCCCACCCACCAGUGCUGCCCACCAGUGCUACCCACCAGUGCAGUCCAGCAGUGCUGCCAGUCAGUGCCACCAGUCAGUGCCCAGGGGUUGUGCCAAUCAGUGCCACCAGUCAGUGCCCAGCAGUGAU